GGUAUUCAAAUCCAUAUAAACUUCAAAUAAAUGGUUUGGACCUAUCGCUAGAAAAUAGAUCUAAAGUUAUCCCUCAUUUUUACCUCAAAAAUAUUACCGUGAUCUCAUCUUGUAACAUGACUAUCGCAGAAAAAAAUAGCCUUGAUAUUGAAAGAAUUAAAAAAUGGUUUUUUAAUUAUAAUCCACUUGAUUUACUAUCAGUUCCACCUAGCAAGAAACUGCCAUCAGUUCUAUCUAGCAAGAAACAAUUA